AUGAGCAACGAGCUCGAACGCGAGCUCAUCCUCUACAACGAAUUCGAACGUACGCAGCGUGCAACGGAGGCAGAACGCCUACUUCAAUUUACUCAAAGACAGCAACGAGCCCGCGUGGACGCGAUGGUCAAGAAAGCACACGUCAAGUCGUGUCGCGCUGUUACCGAGGAGGGCAAGGAGGUGUGGCCUGCGGAAUUGGUGAAGGUUAUUUUUUCCACCUGCGCGGAGGAGACAGAGCGGCUAGGAAAAGCAAAGACUCCUGAGGCGUUUACGUUGAACGUGAAAUGUAGCGUCUGUAUUACGAGAGGUGUUUCAUGCCAGCCCAAGGUGGGAGGAACGCGGACCGACAAGAUUGGGUGCGCAACUUGCGGCGCGUCGAAAGUGAAGUGCAACCGAGGCGUGUUGUACAUGUACGAGAAGUUCCGGGGUGUCUGGCAAACGUUGGGGUACACCGUGGCGAAGGACGAUUUCAUGACAUGGUACCCUGUUAUCAUGAAGAGGAAGGACAAUAAGUAUGUGGUUUUUGAGGGAAAGGGGGACAAUAAGGCGGCGUCGAAUCGGAGGAGUCGGACUCGUGAAGAUGAGGAGGACGGGGAAGUGGUUGAGGAGUCGCCGAAGAAGGUGGGAAGGAAAGCACACGCUGCGGCAGGUAACGAGGAUGACGAUGAAGAUGAGGAGGAUGGAGAGGACGAGGAAGGGACACCGAAGAAAAUGGAUAAGGGGAAAGGGAAGGUAAAGGGUACGGAGGAGGAUGAAGAUGACGACGAGGAGGAUGAUGACGAGGAGGAGACAGGGGAUGUAGGCUUAGGUGAGGAGCGCCCAAGUUCGCUGAAGGUGAAAAUUCCUGGAACUUCUCGGAGCACAACACUUCUACUGGCGCAGUCGUCCCGAGGUCCCGUUUACUCGGCGUUGGUCCUGAGAAGCAGGAUUCAGGCAUUGGAGUCCGAGCUUGCCGCGGAGCAAGUCAACUCGGAGCAUCUUAUAGCUCGGCGACGGUUUUACAAGAGCGAAUACGUGGCGGCGCAGAAGGAGGUGGAGAGAUUAACUGCGGAGGUGAAGGUUUUUGGAGCGGAUCGCGCGCAGUUUGUGCAGCGGGGAGAGGAGUUGGAGAAGUUGGCGCUCGUUAUGCGAGAGGUGGAGGAGUUGCGAGUGGAGGCAAGGCAGUUUGAGGCAGAGAGGUUGGAAUUUCAGAGGCAGAGGGAGGAGUAUGAGCGUUUGAGGGAGUCGGAGGGUCGUAGGGCGGCACUGAUGGAGAGGAUGAUCGCCGAUGAGAAGGAACGAGAACUUCGUAGAGCGGAGUUGGCGGACAAGGGAAAGGAGAUUGAGCAAGAAAUGGAGGCUCGUGGAGAGGAGUGGAAGGAGCAGAUGCUCGAGUUCGAGUCGGUCCGUGUCGCGCUUCAGAGGCGUAUUGCGGAGUUGGAAGCAGCGUUGGAGAGGUCCGGAUCCGGAGGAGUUGAAGAAGGGUCAUCUCGUGUUGGAGGGGGGUUUCUGGUGGAGGAAGUCGCUGCCAUACUGCCCUUGCUCCGGUCGACUUGCGAACAGAACGCCGAAUUGCGGGGUCACGUAGAGGCCUUUCAAACUGUGAAUUCCAGCGUUUGGACCUUGCUGGAGGCGAUGUCUCGUGAUCCCAAUAGAAUACAGGAUUACCUGAAGUCGAUUGAGAAGAAGGUGGGGGGGGUAUUAACGAGGGGGUUGUUGCUUCCUGAAGUAGGGGAGUUAUUUUCGGCGGUGGAGAAGUUGGAGAGUUGUUUGGGGCGUUUGCAGCAGGGUGGGGAGGUGAGAACAGGGAAACGGAUCGCCGAGGAUGUUGGGGAAGGUUCGGAGGAGAGGCGCAAGCGGCGCCAUGGUUCAGAGUUUUCGUAG